AUGCCCCAGACUGUGUGCUCAGGCACCAUGUACACCACUCCCAGCUUCAGCCCUCAUCUGGCCUGUGCUGAGCCUGGGGAGGAAGAGGAGGCCCCACAGGAGGGCCCGGAACCUGGGGCCUGCCUGGCUGAUGGGCCCCCAAUCACCUCUGCCUCCCUGGACACCUUGAUCCAGAACCUGAUCCCCACUGCCGAUUACUACCCAGAGAAAGCCUAUGUGUUUACCUUCUUGCUGAGCGCUCGUCUGUUCAUCCCUCCUCCCGAGCUGCUGGCCAGGGUGUGUGAGCUGUGCAUCAAACAGCAGCAGCUGGAUCAGAGCCCACUUGAUACGGCAAAAGUGCGCAAGUUUGGUCCUAAAAUCCUGCAGCUGCUGACAGAGUGGACAGAGACGUUCCCAUCGGACUUCAGGGAUGAGAAGAUGGUCGGAUAUCUGAAGGACUUCAUCCACAGGAUAGCGCCAUGUGAUGAGGCAUAUUGGAAAACCCUGAACCAGGUGCUGCAGAAGCUCAGCCAGCGGCUGGCCCUCAUGAGCCAGGGGGAAGAGAGCAUCGUCAAGGUCUCCCUCAAUGCCUCCUCCAUCUCUGACAAGCUGGUGGCCUUCAAAACCAAGCCUCCGCCCAUACAGAAGGACAUACUCUCCAUCUGCAACGACCCAUACACACUGGCACAGCAGCUGACCCACGUGGAGCUGGAACAUUUGAGUCAUAUUGGACCAGAGGAGUUUGUCGAUGCCUUCGUUCAGAAAGACCCCUUAGAUGGAACCCAGCAGCCAUGCUUCAGUGACCAGAAGAAGAAAACCUCCAACCUGGAGGCGUAUGUCAGGUGGUUCAACAGACUGUGUUACCUGGUGGCUACUGAGAUAUGCAUGCCAGCAAAGAAGAAGCAAAGGGCCACGGUGAUAGAGUUCUUCAUUGAUGUUGCCAGGGAGUGUUUCAACAUUGGAAACUUCAACUCCCUCAUGGCCAUCAUCUCUGGUAUGAACAUGAGCCCUGUGUCAAGGCUGAAGAAGACUUGGGGAAAAGCCAAGACUGCAAAGUUCUUCAUACUUGAGCAUCAGAUGGAUCCUACAGGGAUUUAUAACUACAGGACGGCCCUGAGGGGGGCUGCUCACCGCUCACGGACUGCCAACAGCAACAGAGAAAGGAUCGUGAUUCCCUUCUUCAGUCUGCUGAUCAAAGACAUUUACUUUCUGAAUGAAGGAUGUGCCAAUCGGCUGCCCAAUGGCCACGUCAACUUUGAGAAAUUUAUGGAGUUGGCACGGCAGGUUGGGGAAUUCAUGACAUGGAAAGAGGUGGAGUGUCCAUUUGAGGAGGAUCGGGCCAUCCUGCACUACCUCCACACUGCUCCAAUCUUCAGCGAGGACGGACUCUACCUCGCAUCCUAUGAGAGCGAGAGUCCAGAGAACCAGGUAGAGAAGGACAGGUGGAAAGCACUCAGGUCAAACGUUCUGGCAAAGACAUGAGGCCCUGACAGCAGCUAACCCUCCCACCUGCGAGGGGAGCAUGUGUUCUCGUUGCACUAAAAAUGAACUGUGAAGGAACCUAGCUGGUACUUAGGUGUUUUUCUAUGAAGAAGUGAUGAAAAAAAAGGAUCAAGAUGAACAGGAUUCAUCAAGAAAAGUGUUAGAAAACGAACACAUCUUUAAAAGGGAAUUUUAAGUUAAGCUAUAAAAAACUGGAGCAAAAAGCCUUUGCAGCAUAUGAACUAUCUGGUAUUAAGGUACAGUGUUGGAGAGGGGUCCAGCCUCUAAUAUAACCCCUCCCUUGAUGUGUGUUUACUCUGUGGAGAUAUGUUUACUACUAUAGUGAGUACAGUAACAGGGAAAACCACUUUUUAAAAUGAAAUUCCUACAGAUGCUAUUGUUGUUUUUUGUAUUUGCUUCUCUCUUUACUCUCUUUUUCUCUUCUCCCUUUAUUCCUAAGCAUUGUCUAGGUAUUUAUUUUCACUUUAUUUCCUUUACUUGUAAUGUGCUGUAAUGAAACUAACAAUGAUGUGAAGGGCGCUGGCUAGCCCAUUAUCAACUUUUAUAGGUCUACUGAAGGAUUCUGGGAAGACAGAAGAGGACAUGCCUUGAGCAUUUUACCAGUGUGUCUCACGUGUACUUUUAUGUGUGUGUUUGUGAUCCAAAUGUCCAUGCAUUUAAUGUCAGUUCAGAUUGUCAUUGUCUUGUUUUGCAUGAGAAUGACUGGAGAUACGGCUCAUUGGUCAUCUCUUUUUGUAACUUUAUUUAUUGUAUUUUAUUUGGGGAAAGUAUUGGAUAGGGAAUUUGAACUGUUAAAGUGUUUACUCCUUUUUAAGUGUAUUGUGCCAUUAAUGCAAACAACAACAGUAUAGCUUAAGAGUCACAACAGAAGGACCAGGUGUUGAUUGUGUACAGGUGACAUUUACCCCUCAUCUUCCUGCUCUUCAGGAAGUUUUCUCUGACUGAUGUUCAGUUGUCUGAUAUAUUUAUGGAGAUUUCUUUGCUGACAGAUGUAUAGUUUUUAUUGUUAUUUUCCUCUACUGAUUUUGAAGUCCAAUGGCAUGCCACUAUGGGUGUAUUUAAAGGGGCAUUAAGAGUAACCACCUUUUAAAGAAAACUGCUGCAGCCGAAACUUUGCAGUGAUGAUGAAGGACUAUGGUGAUUUGGAGACUUUUGUCUUUCUCUGAAGUAAGGAGGGAAACUUGUGCCAUAUGAAUCACUGGUUGUUUUGACAAUUCAGGUUCCUCUGACUUGAAACGUGUUGUUUGUUGUUUCGUGGGAUCGUCAUUGAGCUCUGUUUUUUGACAGUUUUGUUGUGAAUUGAGACAUUAUUAGGGGGAGGGGGUGGUGUUAGGAGAGGAGGCACUAUGGGGAUGGGAGUGGGAACUAUGUAACUAUAAGCUUUUUGAAAACAGUCUUAUUGAGUUUGCUCUGAUUGAUUGAUGUCAGUGUUUUCUCUUAAGAAGCACCUUUCCAUCCCUAUAACAGACUGACUUUAACUCUCCCUCCUCAUUUGCCAUCAGUAAACUUGCUUUUCCUGUAACACAUUCCCAACAUAAGUUAAGUAUAGAGUCAAACCUGCCAUUCAAGCUGAAGACAUGUUUUAAUAAAACAUUACCUGUGUUGAACGUGUGUUUUCAAUGACAAUCUACAUUACAUCACCACUACUAUUUUAAAUGGUGCCAUUGCCAUUCUCUGGUCUUUGCCUACAAAAAUACAUUGCUGUGUGCAUUUCAAGUUUGAAGUGCAUUCUGUGUUUUUCAUGGUUAAUGAAGCCAAGCAGAGAACACAUUUGGCUUAAACAUCACUGCAACAUUUGUGACUGGUUCCCAAAAAGCCUUUAAUAAAAGUCAACGCUAACUUAA